CCGCUCUCUCCUUCCCACAGCCAGUGGUUCAGCGUGCUGAGUCAGGUCCACGCGUCCACGGACCAGGAGAUCCGGGAGAUGCACGAUGAGCAGGCAAACCCGCAGAAUGCCGUGGGCACGCUGGAUGUGGGGCUCAUCGAUUCCGUGUGCGCCUCCGACAGCCCCGACAGGCCCAACUCAUUUGUGAUCAUCACGGCCAACCGGGUCCUGCACUGCAACGCCGACACGCCGGAGGAGAUGCACCACUGGAUCACGCUGCUGCAGCGGUCCAAGGGCGACACCCGGGUGGAGGGCCAGGAAUUCAUCGUCAGAGGGUGGUUGCACAAAGAAGUCAAGAACAGCCCGAAGAUGUCUUCGCUGAAGCUGAAGAAGCGGUGGUUUGUGCUCACCCACAACUCCUUGGAUUACUACAAGAGCUCGGAGAAGAAUGCUCUCAAACUAGGCACCCUGGUCCUCAACAGCCUCUGCUCGGUCGUCCCCCCGGAUGAGAAGGUUUUCAAAGAGACAGGCUACUGGAACGUCACCGUGUAUGGACGCAAGCACUGCUAUCGCCUCUACACGAAGCUGCUCAACGAGGCCACCCGGUGGUCCAGCGCCAUUCAGAAUGUGACGGACACCAAGGCCCCCAUCGACACGCCCACCCAGCAGCUGAUUCAGGACAUCAAGGAGAACUGCCUGAACUCGGACGUCGUGGAGCAGAUUUACAAGCGGAACCCCAUCCUCCGGCACACCCACCACCCGCUGCACUCCCCACUGCUGCCCCUGCCCUACGGAGACAUCAACCUCAACCGGCCAGAAGGUUGAGAACCACUGUACUAGAGGGAAGAACUUUAAAGGAAUCAGAAAAUGCCAGCACUCCCAUCCACGCACUCAGUCACCUUAAAAUCACCAAGAAUGGAUGCUAUAGUCUUCGUUCC